AUGAGAUUCCAUACAGUAUUGUCUUGGAUAAUGGUGUCCCUGCUUAUGGGUGUGAAGGCUUUUUAUCCAAACGUUCUUGUGCCAUUUUUGUCAAAUGAGGACUAUACACACGAAACCAUUACAGAGCAAGGGGUGUUACAGGUUUUUCAAGAAUUAUGGAAUCAAUCCUUCAGCGGCUUUUCUAGACAAAAUAGUCGAGGGCCCUUGCCACAACAUACAGUACGUGAAAUUGUGAAUUUUAUAAAUGAUAUACAUAGGAAACACCUUAGUAAACCAGAAUGGCAUUUUAGCAAUGAAAACAUAAUUGAAGCCAACCAUAAGCUGAAACGCUAUCGACAAUUGGUCUUGGAUUUACUAGGAUUGUCUGUCCCGGACUACACGGCGGCGAGGAAAUAUGUCAGCUAUUGCCUGCACCUUCUGCAGAGCUUCUACAGUAACACGAACUGGAUAGAGCUCAAUGGACAGACUAUUUACACAGAUUUAGGAUUACCCGGAAAGCAGCUACUUCCUGUUGCCACGACCGACAUGAAUACGUGUUUAAGUUGUAGUACUCAGGAGGACUUGGAUGGCUGUGCUGACAAUUUGAUAGAUAACGGGAUGGUCCUCACCAGUGGUUAUCGCUCAGAAAUCGACAGUUCUAGCGGGACAGUAACGGAAAUGGAGGUAAAGUCAGGGAAAUGUUCGCAUGGCGGCCCUUACAGUUCAUCUACGGACCAUACGGUGAGAGGAGGGAUAAAUAAAGAGACAACAGAUCCACAAUAUUCCCCUCAUUACAGCCUUCACAAAGACGCAGCUUUAGCCGCAAUAGAACACACAAGAUACUUUUUCAAUGAUAAAGAAAAUGGUUUAAUAAAACAUAUCGGCUUGUGGAAACUCAAAAAUCUUCUAGAAACAAUCAAAGAACAAACUUUGAUAUUUGUCAUAGACACGUCUCCUGAUAUGAAAAGAGAGGUUGAAUCCAUUAAGAAAGUCAUUCAGGCUGCAGUACAAGAUAUGAUGUCAUCUCGGACCAGUUAUCACUUUAUGCUGGUAACUGUUGGCAAAGUCGUCAGCAGCAUUCAAAUGGAAAAUUAUGCCAACCUUUUUGGUGUGCUGAAGGCAGUAGAUAAUAUUACAUAUGAAUCACAGCAGAACUGUCAUAAACCGAUACUACACACAAUACAGAAAGUUUCAGAUGUUGCUCCAAGGUCGUCAAGGAUGUUCGUUUUCACUGAUUCCUCUCCUGAUAAGAAAAGUUUUCAUAAAAAUGAAAUUGAAGCCAAGAAGAUAGUCAUAAAUUUUUACCUUAUGGGGUCAUGUCACCGUCGAAUAACGUCCUUUAGACAAAAUCUUUACAAUCGCUAUGGGAAAGACACUCGCCGAGGACGAAGCGCUUUCACAGUUCCUUUAAGCUUCCGGCAGAUUGCUAGUAAUUCUGGGGGACAAAUCUACACCGGAUCAGCAUCAUUAAAUCUAUUAAAUAUUGCAUCUUCUCUUGACCCUGAGGUAAAAAUUUUAAAGUUGGAUUUCCCGGGUGGACAGGAAGGUUUUAGCACCUUGACCAUUCCAUCUGAUGUUACUGUCACCAAGCUGAUCAUUCAGAUCGAUGGAAUCACAACUUUACCUUCAGCCAGAUUAAAAGAUCAAUAUGGUAAUUUAUUGAUUGCUGGAUCUAAUGGACAAACGAAUGUCACAGAAACAGAUACUGGCACCACGACCAUAAAGGAAAUCAUUAAUCCUAAACCAGGUCUUUAUUCUCUCGAAAAAAAUAUUUAUAUAUUCUGGAAGGUCGAAGUAAAGGCGGUUAGUGAAUUAGAUUUCACGGCCCAGCUCAUGAAGUCUGAUGCCAACAGUUACGCUCUGACAGAGAUAGAAGGAAGGCCAUUAGUGGGUGACAACGUAACUGUUCUAGUCACGGUAACUUUACCAGAUAACGUCACGGGUGUUUCAGACUUAGUUCUUCUGGAUGAGAAGGGAACAACUUUGACGAAUAGUAAACUACAACCGUACCCCGGACGCAAGAUUGGGGUGUAUCACUGCAACGUCAUUGUCCCAUCACUGGACUUUCAAAUAGCUAUCAGUGGAGAGGAUGGGCUUGCCACACACUUCAGAAGACUUCACACUAAACUUAUCUCCCCUGUGCUUGUCAAACUAGAGAUUCUUCCUUUUCCAAACCCCUUAUACACAGGACGAAACUUUAUAAUCCAGUACACAAUAACUAACCAAGGAGCAGGCAUUGCGGAAAUAGUAGCCACCAUUAAAGAUAGUCAACAAUUUGGUGUAAGUCCCUUCAACAGGACGCAUCAACUAGCAGCAGGUGCAAAUGUCACAGACAUGUUUGUCUUGCAUGGAGGAUCUACACCUGGAAUCACAACAUUUGUUACUGUAACAGCAGAGCCAAUAACAUCAGGGAAUUCUAAUUUUCAAUAUUCCACAUUUUCCCUAACAACAGAAGAUCCCAGUAAUAAGACUCCUGACACCACACCCCCCGAUUGCAACAUCACCAAAGUAUCCGGAAGUUGCAGUUCUGUUACCCAGUGCGAUUGCAACAUGACGUUGAUAACAACUGAGUUGGAAAUCUUUGAUGUUGGUGAGGGCAUUAAAACGAUAUCUUAUGGAGGAGCAGGGGGAACGGCGGUUAACUUCUCGUACGAUCCAUUCAUUGCAGGACUUGUUCUAAGUCAAGGAACCGUAAAAGCAAAAUUAGUGGCUGAUUGUUGUCGAGUAUCUGAAGACAUCACACUUGCGGACUGGAAAUCAACAAGUAAAUGCAAUGUUCCAAUUAACCCGUCGUGGACCCCUGGGACUUGUACAACGACACCACCACCAACCACAACAACUGAUGCCACAUCUAUCUCCAUGACAACUGAUUCCUUAACAACGGAUUCAUUAACCACUAAAUCAACCACAAGAAAUGGCCAGACAAGCGGUUCUGCUUCUAACACUGCAAGUUCUCAACCCAAUACGAGUGUAUCACACACUACCGGGAAGUCAACUACUACUUCUACUACCACAUCGGUAUUGAAUUUUAAACGUUCUUCCAAUGAAAGCGAGACAGGCCUAAGCACCACGUGGAAAAUCGUCAUAGCAACAACAGCAACAGCGGUAUCAGUGGCGGCUUUGUUUACUGGUGGCAUUCUGCUAAGAAAAAAAUUCACCGCCGUAUCGCCUGAUUGA